UCCAAAGCAAAACCAGCUGAGAAGCGCUGAACUACACAAAUCAGGAGCAUCCCUGAUUCACUUCAAAGUGGAAAAAGUGACAUCGGACGCGUUUAAUGCCAUGCGGGUGACAUCAUUUUUGCAGAGCGGCGUGACGUCACAGUUGAACGUCGGCCCCGGCCAAUCAGCGCUCGCUCAGCGCACGCACAGAUGAGAAGAGUUUAAAAAAGAUUGUGGAAAAGAAGAUGUGGCCCAAACCUUCACACAUGACCGGACAGUUGGACUGGAGAUCACAGGUCUAACAUUAGCUAUAUCGCCAUCCUCUCGCCGAAUCUGCUGACAAACACAAUGUCGACUCACUUCAAGAGCGGACCUGCUUUCGGACUGUCUGCGGAGGUCAAGAGUAAGCUGGCCCACAAGUACGACCCCCAAAAGGAGGAGGAGCUAAGAAUGUGGAUCAGUGAGGUCACAGGCCGCAAGCUCCCAGAGAACUUCAUGGAGGGACUGAAAGAUGGAGUUGUCCUCUGCGAGCUUAUCAAUAUCCUUCAUCCUGGCUCUGUAAGAAAGAUCAACAACUCUCCUCAAAACUGGCAUCAGCUGGAAAAUAUUGGCAAUUUUGUCCGAGCCAUUCAAGAUUACGGAAUGAGGCCAGAUGAUAUAUUUGAGGCCAACGACCUGUUUGAGAACGUCAACCACACUCAGGUCCAGAGCACACUUAUCACACUGGGUGGCAUGGCGAAAUCUAAAGGCUUCCAUUCUAAAUGUGACAUUGGAGUGAAGUACGCAGAGAAACAUCAGCGCAGAUUUGCUCCGGAGAAACUAAAGGAGGGACGCAACAUUAUCGGUCUGCAGAUGGGCACCAAUAAGUUUGCCAGUCAAAAGGGCAUGACAUCAUAUGGCACACGGCGUCACCUCUACGACCCUAAGACGGGUAUGGAAAAUCCUCUGGACCAAUCAACAAUCAGCCUGCAGAUGGGCACCAACAAAGGAGCCAGUCAGGCCGGCAUGACGGCCCCGGGCACCAAGCGCCAGAUCUUCGAUAAGAAGCUGGACAUGGAGAUGUGCGACAGCUCAACCGUCUCACUGCAGAUGGGCACCAACAAGGUGGCGUCCCAGACGGGCAUGACGGUGUACGGUCUGCCCCGUCAGGUGUACGACAGCAAGUACUGCUCCAGCCCCGACGACCACAUCAACAACGGGCAGGACUCAGAGAUGGACGGAUAUCAGUAUUCCGACUAGGACGGACAGACAGACAGCCGCCAGCACGCUGCUUUUUUAAAACCUUCACCAGCACUAUUUUUGAUAUUCCAGAUUCAUGUCGACCAGUAGGACCAGCUUGACCUCUGACAUCACAGCCACAGCACUUCAGUGACUGACCGUGCGUAGAAAACAAAACUAGGAGGAUUUCCUUCGCUUUUUGUUUUUUAGAACA